AGUCAUAACAACGACUCUUGUUGACGUCCUUUCAGAUAAUGUAGCUUUCUCCACACAAAUACCUCAAGAGGAAGUUCCGAAGCCUUCUGCUGCUACUUCGUGGUGAACGGGUCUAUGUCGAAGCACAAGACAUCUGGAAGCAAAGCCUCAAAUGAUAGUGGCAAAAGUGAGGAACGGGAAGGAAAAAUUUGCGUACGUUAUAGAUGCGGCUUAGUCAGCACCAUACAAGAUGUCCUGAAACAAAGACCAAACUGGGCUGAAGUCAAAGAUGAUGGAGAGUGGGACUUCAACUGGUGUGAUGUGGGCUGGCUUAGGGAGAAUUUUGACCACUCAUACCUGGAAGAACACGUCAAAAUAAAUCACUUUCGUAACCAUUACGAGCUGUCCCGCAAAAAUCUUAUGGUCAAAAACCUCAAAAGGUACCAGAAGAAUCUGGAAAAGGAAGUUGGCCGCGAGGAAGCCUCUAAAUGUGACUUUUUCCCUUGCACCUUUGUCCUGCCCAGCGAGUAUCAUCUCUUUGUAGAGGAGUUCAAUCGAAACCCUGGCAGCAUCUGGAUUAUGAAACCGGUAGCAAAAUCGCAGGGCAAAGGGAUUUUCCUGUUCAGGAAACUGAAAGAUAUUAUAGACUGGAAGAAGGAAAGUUUUCACUCAGAAGAGCAGAAAGAUGCAGCACCUGUGGAAAACUAUGUGGCACAGAGAUAUAUAGAGAACCCUUACCUGAUUAAUGGUAGAAAAUUUGAUUUGAGAGUUUACGUCCUGGUCACGUCAUAUGUUCCCUUAAAGGCAUGGUUAUACAGAGAUGGUUUCGCUCGCUUCUCGGGAACUCGCUUUUCGCUCAGCACCAUCGACGACAAGUACAUGCACCUCACUAAUGUGUCUGUUCAAAAAACAGCUCCACACUAUAAUCAUGAAGAGGGAUGCAAAUGGCAGAUGCAACAGCUUCGGAGAUACCUGACUGCCAAACAUGGUAGAGAGUUGAUUGAAAUCCUCUUCAAAGAGAUGGAUAACAUCUUUAUUCGAAGCCUGCAGAGUGUCCAAAAGGUCAUUAUAAACGACAAACACUGCUUCGAGCUCUACGGUUACGACAUACUACUGGACGAGAACCUCAAACCGUGGUUGAUUGAGGUGAAUGCCUCUCCAUCACACACCCCCAGCAGUCGGGAGGACUAUGAGAUGAAGUUCAGACUCUUGGACGAUACUUUGAAUGUUGUUGACAUGGAGGGAAGGCUGACUGGCAAGGAGAAAAGAGUGGGAGGCUAUGAUCUCAUGUGGAACAAUGGGCCUGUCUAUAGAGAGGAUGUCUACCUACAAACAUUUGGCAGUUCAUGUUUCACUGCCAACACAUACUUGGGGUGUCUGAAUGACAGAGAAAAGCAGCUUCGCCAUCUUUUCAAACCAUUUCAGAGGAAGACCUAAUAGUCUGUGUCCGGUAUCUUCAACAUGGCUUCACUUUUUUUUUUUUCUGGUAAAGGACGCCGACCCAGUUUCCCCCAAUGUUUUCUGCAUGCAAAAAUAAUAUUUCAACCUUAGACCAAUUUUGAACGUGCAACAAACAGGUUGCUUUAACAAGACGGGAACAGAUUGUCGUGUCUUGUUUUUACAAAUAAAAUCUGAAAUGUG